GGGGCGGCCGCCUCCAAAGCCGAGCGGCCGCGGCCGCGGCUCGGCAGCGCAGCAUGAGCACGGCCCGCCAAGAUGUACCUGGGAUAUCUUGUGGAUAAGGACACCAACAUGUAUCCCAGCCCGGUCCGGCACCCCAGCCUCAACCUCAACCCCCAGAACUACGUGCCGGGGCCACCGCAGUACUCGGACUUCGCCAGCUACCACCAUGUGCCGGGGAUUAACAACGACCUGCACCACGGGCAGCCCGCGGCUGCCUGGGGCUCUCCCUACACCCCUGCCAAGGAGGACUGGCAUUCCUAUGGCACCGCCGCGACGCCUUCCACCGCCAGCCCAGGGCAGUUUGGAUUCAGCCCCCCAGAUUUUAACCCCAUUCAGCCUCCGGGCUCUGGACUCCUGCCUCCACCCAUCAGCAGCUCGGUCCCCCAGCUCUCCCCUAAUGCCCAGAGACGCACCCCGUACGAGUGGAUGAGGCGCAACAUUCCCAGCACCAGCAACAACGGCAAGACCAGGACAAAAGACAAGUACCGGGUGGUGUACACGGACCACCAGCGCCUGGAGCUGGAGAAGGAGUUUCACUACAGCCGCUACAUCACCAUCCGCCGCAAGGCUGAGCUGGCCGCGGCCCUCGGCCUGACAGAACGGCAGGUGAAAAUCUGGUUUCAGAAUCGGAGGGCGAAGGAGAGGAAGGUGAACAAGAAGAAGCUGCAGCAGCAGAGCCAGCCCACCAGCACCACCACGCCGACCCCACCAGCUGUCAGCACCCUGGGACCCAUCGGAGGCCUCUGCAGCAGCAAUGCCCCCAGCCUUGUCUCCUCAUCUCCACUGACAAUCAAGGAAGAAUUCUUGCCUUAACCCUCUUCACCAGCUACAGACCCAAGAGAAAAGCACUAUGCAGCAGAGCCCUGCCAGCCCAUGUGCUCUGAAGGGUGACAGCCCCUUCCCAAAGACAUGACUGUCCCUGGCUGAACCGAGGGGGCAGACAGCGAGGCUGGGCCAGGUGGCACUGGGGCCUUCCCAAGGGACUGGUGGGCCCUCCCCUGUGUAAAAAAUAUGGGCUAGGUACUGCUCUCCCAUAGGAACCACACACUGGUUUGGUCUCUGCUCUUUGUAGCCCACGGCAAGGUCCCGAUGUCAGCAGAAGGAAGGGGGUGAUAGUGGAAAAGAGCUUUCCUUUGGUGCUCCAGGUGCUUCCUUUGGUGCUCCAGGUGCUUCCUUUGGUGUUCCUGGCAAUCCAGCUGCCUGGUGCUUUAGGGCAGUUCGAACAAGACUGAAACAGAAAAAAGACCUGGCUGGACUCAAAUGAAUUUCUGCUGAGCUGGUCUCCUGGGAAGUGAGGUGAGGAGGGCUGAGCUCUGGGCUGUGGGGACCAGGCAAGACCCUUGGCUGUAGGACGUGACAUGGGAGCCCUUCAAACCACAGUGAUGGUGGCAAGCUGGAGCACAUCCUUGACAAGAGUACCUGAACAUCCCCACCCUUGUCCCCAGUGACCCUGGCAGUGCCCAACCCUGUAUCCCCAGCCCUGCCCCUGCAGCCACACAGAGCCAUGGGGAGGCAUCUCCGACAGCCCUGCUUCCCCUGGCUGUGCCAUACCCCCCCUGGUGCACAGGGAGAGGGUACAAGUGUGUCCAGCACAGGCAGAUAUGGGGCAGACCACCCUGCUGAGCCCUUCCAUGGGGAAGGGAAGGAAAACAGAAGGUUUGCCAUUGGAACAGGGUCCAAAAACCAGCCCCAGGCUGUCCAAAAGGGCCAAUACUGGGAAAGCUUUGGGUGCUGAUCCAAGGAAGCACAGUAACUGCUGCCAGGUGGGCAGGGGCCUCCUCAGGCAUGCAAGAAAUGACUGGCAUGUGCCCUGGUGUCAGGUGAUGGAGAGGUGAUUUACAGAAAGAUAGAGAAGCAUUUCUUUUCCUAUUUUGUUUAGAACAGAUCACAACUACAGCUUUUGUCCUCCCUGUCUCCCUGCUCCUCCAUGCACUGCACUCCUCUCACCCACUGUGUUCCCUGGGCCAGUUAGCUAGACCCCAUCCAUUCCUACUGGUGAACUGCAGCUGAGAAGUCCCUUCAUCCUGCUGAGUCUUGACCAUUUUAUAGGCCCAGCUGGAACACAGGAGGGUCUGUGGCUGCAUCACAUGCUCUUCAGCUGUAGUUCCAAAGACCAAGAUAGGGAUGAGGGAGCAUGAGCCUUGCAUGGUGGCUUGUGUGACAUUUCUCAGAAUUUUCCCUCCAAGCUCUGGGAAGAUGGAGCAGCAGACAUGUCUCUGCUGCCUGAAGACCACCCUCACAUCCCAGCUGGCACUGCUUGUGCCUCAUAUCCCUUGGCCAGCCCCCAUCACUCCCAGCCCCCAGAACACAAAAUCCCCAGGUGUGCUGUGGCUUUUCCAAGUGGGUUCCUGUUAUCUCACUGUGUCCACUGCUCUGCACCAGCUCUCAAAGGCUUUGGGUCUCCCUCCUGCCAGUGACACUUCCCACGGCCACUGUUACCUGGUGCGCUCGGUGACGAGGACAAAUGUUUGCAUCUACCCAGGACUUCAGCUCAGUUUUUGUGUACAUAAGGCAGAACUGGUUUUCCUUUUUAUUUUUUAGGCAUCAGUGAAAAUAAAAACAAGCAGGAAUCCUGUGUGA